AUGCCAUUGAAAUUUGAAAUACCGAAAGAAAAAUUAGAGAGAAUUAAAAAUAAGUUGAGUACAGAAGAUAAUAUUGAAAUAGAUAUUUAUAAUGAAGAGGAUGUAAUAAUUGAAAAAUGGCAUGUUACAUAUAAAAUAGUAAUAAAAGAAGUUAAUAAGAAAGAAUGCAAAAUAAGAAAAGUUGAAGAAAUAAAAGAAAUAAAUGAUGAAGUUGAAGAAAGUAAUGAUAAUAUUUAUAGUAACAAAGGAGAAAUGGAUACUGACGAAAAUAUUGGAGAAAAUGAUGACAGUAAUCACAAAGAAGAUGUAACAAAUAAUGAAGAUGAUACCAGUAGUGAAGAAUAUAGAUCAGGAACGGAUAAGGAAGAAAUUGAAAAAGAAGUAGUAAUAGAAAGAUCAAAAGCAUUCUAUGAGUUAUUAAAAGACCUUAAUGUAUCAACGGUAGAAGAAUCACUAGAAAGUGAAGAAAAUGAUCAAGAGGUGACAUUAGAAAGAUUGUUUACUAAGGCAAUAAAAGCGGGACAGGAAGCAGUAAAAUGUUGGUAUGAUGUAGGAAAAGCUGUUAGAAACAAAGUUGAAGAAGAAAGAAAUAAAUUAGGAAUAAAAGAAAAGUCAAUAAGAACUAAGAUGUAUAAUGAGUUAACAAAAAGAUUAAAAGGAUUUAGCAGAAAAGCAAUACAAAGUAAGAUUGAAAGAGCUGAAAGAGUUUACAAAUUAUUUAAGGGAAUAGGAGGAAGAAGUAAAAUAAAUAGAAUGAAAAAUACUAGUAUGAACACAAUAAUAAACCUUAAAGAAAAGAAAGGUGAAGUCAAUGAAUUAAUAAGAAAAGUAAAUGAAAUAGAAGAAGAAAGAAAUAGUAUAACAGAAGAACAAAAGUUAAAAUAUAUAAAAAUGAAGUUUAAGAGUUAA